AGUAUAAACAGGACAGGCUGUAAAAAUAAAGGGAGACAUUAAUUCUUGAAAAGCGCUUCUUUGUCUCCGCGUUCUUUCCUCGCGGACUCCGUCUCCACCUAAGGGAAACCCUGGACUUGUGGGAGUCGGUCUCCCGCACAGAAAUGGGAGGGAAGUGGUCACUUUUUUAAAAAAUAGAAGAAAUUAAAACAUGUUGUUAUGCUGAUGGGAAUAAUACAGAGGGGAGAAUGAUGGAGAAAAAGGGGAGAAUCGCUGGGGGCAAUAUCUUAGAAAAGAUGAGAGGAUAGGAUUCAGUGCACAAUUGUAGGAAUCGGUCUUAGUAGGCAGUUUAUACAUAGUUACAGGAGGGAGGCAAGUAGGUGGGUAAAUGAAGUGAUGUGACCUUGUGAUCCCCACGCCUUUCUUAGUGAAAUAGGAAGCAAAGCCAUUAGCCAGGGGUAAGGAUGGGGAAGGAAGUGAUAGGGGUUUGAUGAGAUGAGAAAUAUGACAUAAUUCUUUAGGAUGUUGGGCAGGGCCAGCUGAGGGGUAUUUGAAACCAAGUUGAGAAGAAUGUGGAGAGAGCUACAUUUUGCCUUGUGAGAUUAGUCCCUCUAGGCGCUCGGUAGUCUGCGUCCGUUUCCUCGGAGACAGGGGCCCGAGGAAGUGUCCAGUCUCGUUAAGUUUGAGUCGCCGGGGUUACCGCGCGAUCCACUCGGAGACAAGGAAGUUGGAGAAGCCGAAUAAGUAGGCAUCCCAAGAGAUCAGGGCCCAACGGACUCACGACUCUUCUUAACAUUUUCCCCAAUGCCACGCGUCUUUCCGAAAUCCAGCCACUCUGGGAGUCACUCCACAAUGCCCAAGUCCCAGAUUACGGUGAGUACGGAUUAUGUUCCAUGGCAGCGGUCCAAGCAGAAAAUCAAGCCAUCUACUCUGCCUCCAGUCCUACAAACCAGUGGCCUUAAGAAAAACAAAAUGAAAACUUUGACUAGCGUCCAGCCAGGGUAUUCCAAGCCCACCAUGCUGAUGACAAGCCAGCCGAGGAGUCCACGAGAACUGCGCAGAAGGAAUUUGGACUCUGGGAAGACACAGGCCAGAAUCCGGCUAAUGAGGACGAUGCUCAGGAACCGGCGGACCUCACUCCAGGAGCUCCGCAACCAGGAGGACUUCCUCACCAAGCUCAAUCAGGAGCUGAUGAAGACCAUCCAGGACACGGAGGACAGCUGGGCCCUGAAAGUGCGCGAGAUGCUGCAGCAGCAGGACAUCCUGGGGAACAUGAUCAACAUUUUGGAGUACUCGAACAGGAAGGAGAUGCAGCAGAUGAAGUGUGAGCUGCAGGAAUUGGAGGAGAAGCAGGAAUCCAAGAUGAGCUACCUGGAGCAGCAGCUGGAGCAGCUGAAUGCCAAGAUCAAGAAGACCCAUGCGGAAGUGAGCUUCCUGAGCACUUACAUGGACCAUGAGUAUCCUGUCAGGUCGGUCCAGAUUGCCAACCUCGUGCGUCAGCUGCAGCAGGUGAAGGACAGCCAACAGGAUGAGUUGGAUGAGCUCCAUGAGAUGUUCAAAAUGGUCCUGGAGUCUUUGUCUAAUCGGAUUCAGAUGAAGAAGCAAAAGCUUCUGAGCGCUGUGGUGGCGAAAACCCUGCAACCCCAUCAGGAAGGUCUUCUGCAGAAGACCCAGGAAAGCCAGGACUUGAUGAAAUACAUGGACAAGUUCAAAGAAUUUAUCAACCAGUUUGAGGAGGAAAUAUCUAUAUUAAGGGCCGAGAUUAAAAAGCUCCAAACCCAGACCCGGGAACCCCGAGAGAUCGUGUUUGCGGAUGUUCUGCUUCGGAGACCCAAGUGCACCCCAGACAUGGACGUCAUCCUCAACAUUCCUGUGGAAGAGCUGCUACCCUUCUGAUAACGGGGCCAUGGCCGCCCUUUCCUCCCUGCUCUCUUCCCCACACCUGGAGCCUUGAGUCGUCUCCUUCCAAGACCACAUCCCUAGUCAGACGCUGGUCUGCGGUUUCUUCCCUCCUUCCCUCCCUCCCUCCCUCCCAAUUGCUGCUGCUGCUGGGGCCAGGUGGGAAUUUCCAGUCAAGUCUACCAUUUCUUUUUACCAAUAAAGCUGGAUUUGCAUUUGCUCUUUG